UCCGCCAUACCGUUUUGAUAGGACUGCACGGCUACAACAGCCACAAGACCAGCGCGCGCGCUAGAGCGCACUCCAGUCAUCAGCCAAGGGAGCCUACGCGUGGUGUUCGGGUAUCAUCAUCUUUAGUACAAUAGUCACUUUGAACAACGCAGCACUUGCCACAAAGAACUAAAAAUGGCAGAGGAUAUUGCGACUAAGCUCCAGAACUACCGCACUGCUCCCUUCGAUGCCAGAUUCCCCAAUCAAAAUCAGACAAGGAACUGCUUCUACAACUAUCUGGAUUUUCAUCGCUGCCAAAAAUCCCUGGACGCCAAAGGAGUCGACACUGCCCCGUGUGACUGGUAUAAGAGGGUCUACAAAUCACUGUGCCCCAUUUCCUGGAUCCAGAAAUGGGACGACCAGAGGGAGGCGGGCACCUUCCCAGGGAAAAUUUGAAUGGCAUCUCCAAUAGAAGUGUACUUCAUGGCAAUAUGUUUGUAUGAGUAGGACUCCUGGUCGGUCGUCCACUACUCCUCUGGAAUGUGAGCAGAGUAUAACUGAAUACCGUAGUCAUUCCUUAUCAAAGAGAAUAAUUCUGUUGCAGAUUCUGCAUUAAAGUGCAUUAAAGUGUCUUUUAUCGUUUAUCAAA